CUCCUCUCGCCUUAAAGCAGUCGUUGUUUACAUAGACUUCCGGUAAAGGGAAAAGGUUUUUCAACGUUUGUUGUAAACCAGGCUGAUCAAAAUGCCGAAGUUUUAUUGUGACUACUGUGACACCUACCUAACUCAUGACUCGCCCUCUGUGAGGAAAACACACUGCAGUGGCCGCAAACACAAAGAAAAUGUAAAAGACUAUUACCAGAAAUGGAUGGAAGAACAAGCACAGAGCCUCAUUGACAAAACAACUGCUGCCUUCCAACAAGGGAAGAUGCCCCCAACACCAUUCCCAGGAGCCCCACCUCCAGGGGGUGCCAUGAUCCCGCCACCAAACCUCAAUGGCCCACCACGUCCAGGGAUGCUACCAACACCCCAGAUGGGUGGUCCUCCAAUGAUGCCCAUGAUGGGCGGAAUGGGACCACCCCCACCUGGAAUGAUGGGUGGACCAGGUAUGCGACCUCCAAUGGGUGGCCGAAUGCAGAUGAUGCCUGGACAUCACAUGAUGCGACCUCCCGGUCACCCAAUGAUGAUGCGGCCAAUGAUGGCACGGCCAGACCGAUAAACUCUCCCCGACUCCCUCAAACACACACUGUGGGUUUGUUCCACAUGAUCAGUAAAUCUUAUGUUCUCACUUCUCCCCUAAAGUAAUUUGAUUAGGGAAAUCUAUGGUUGAUUAAGUUGGUCUAAAAUAUUUCAUGAAGUCGCUGACAAGUGCCACAGUCCUCACAUGUAUCCACUUGAUCUUAGAAUCAUUGUUAAUUUUAUGUCAAACUACAAAGUAGAUUUGAAGGUGAGGAACAGAUUCUGUGGAACUAACCUUUUGGCAAAUCCCUCCCCACUCUACAGCUGUCUCUUGGACUUCACUUUACAUAAUACUGUUUUGGUCAUCAUUUCUUUGCUGUACUCUCACCCAUUUUCCCUGGGUGGAUUUCAUUUUUAUUAUGCUACAGAUUUUAUAACGAUCCCCUCUACUCAUUCCAAUUUCCCUGCUCAUCAUUGUUAGUUUGGUGUCUUGGCACAUGCUAAAGACAACAGGAACGUAUGAAAAGGUUGUUGAAUGUGUUUCUAUCAUUCACCUAGAAGUGUAUUAAGUUAUAUGUUUUUAUUUUCAGUUGGCAGUACCAGUACGAUGAAGCAUUGUAUCAACUGUUUAAAAAAAAUAGCUGAUGCUAUUGACUGUGAAUUUAUUUUAUAACGGUCUAUUAAACGAAAAUGAUAACUUAUUUGUCUGGUCGAUAAGGUUUUCGUCUAUUUGAACACCAAGUAGUAUUUUGUAUCCCUUGCUGUUCGGUAUAAAUUCAGCAGAUGGCGCUAACGGAAUAUUUGUGGCACUAUGUUUUUUGCUUGCUAUGUUUUAUGGGAAAAAUACAAUUACACAGAAAUUACCGGUGGUGAAUGAGAGGUAGCUUGUCAUUUCGCUGAAGAUGAGGUGGAGUGGAAUGUGAAGAGAAGAUACCUAUACGCUAGCUAGCUACAAAUAACUAAAUGAUUUAGAUAGCUAGCUUAUUCUCCCCAACACCGCAAUGGCAGGAAUAAUCAAAAAGCAAAUAUUGAAACAUUUGUCCAGGUUCACCAAGAACCUGUCCCCAGACAAGAUCAACCUGAGCACGCUGAAGGGCGAGGGCCAGCUGUCCAACCUGGAGCUGGAUGAAGAGGUGCUGCAGAACAUGCUGGACCUGCCCACCUGGUUGGCGGUCACCCGGGUCUACUGCAACAAGGCUGCAAUCAGGAUACAAUGGACAAAGUUGAAGACCAGCCCUAUCUGCCUGUUCCUGGACAAGGUAGAGGUGGAGAUGAGAACGUGUGAGGAGCCCCGCGCCCCAAAUGGUCCCUCCCCUAUUGCCAUCACUGCUGGCCAGAGUGAGUAUGGCUUUGCUGAGAAGGUGGUGGAGGGUAUGUCAGUCAUCAUCAACUCCAUCACCAUCAAAGUGCAGUCCCGUGCCUUCCAUGCUUCCUUCGAGCUCUGGCAGCUCCAGGGUAACAGUCUCAACCCCAAAUGGCAGAAAACUGACCUCCGCUACACCCGCAUCACAGACCCCAAGAGAGGAGAGGUGUUGACGUUUAAGGAGAUCAACUGGCAGAGUCUGCGUAUCGAGGCCGAUGCCAUAGAGAGUGAGGACCAGGACCUGAACAGUACCCCACUACGCCUCAUCACCAACCAAGGACGCAUCCGCAUCGCCCUGAAGCGCAGGUUGAAGGACUGUAAUGUGCUGGCCUCUAAGCUGCUCUUCAUCCUGGACGACCUGCUGUGGGUGCUGACGGACUCUCAGCUCAAAGCUGUCAUCCACUACGCCAAGUCCCUGAGUGAGGCCAUGGAGAAGUCUGCCCAACAGAGGAAGAGCAUGGCCGCAAAGUCCCUACAGACUGCACCCCCGUCCCCUGGUAUCCACGCUCUAUGGACAGACCCUCCACCCUCUCCCAGUGGUGGUGUCCCCAGUACCCUGGACCAGUACUUUGAUCAACACGACGUCAAAGAGUCCUCCUACCACACCUUCAUCUCUCGUCUGGACCUGCACAUAUGCAACGACAGUUCCUCAGCAGACCCCGAUGAGCCUCCUCCUCCAGGCUCCCAGGGUGCAAUGCAGCUGACCUUCCGCAAGCUUGGUUUUGACUACUACCCCAUCCACAGGCCUGGUGAUGGCUGUCGGCAUUGGGAGCGUCACUGUGGGGCGAUGGAGGCCCGGGCCCAGUGGGCUGGCAUACUACUGCAGGAGUUCCAGAGGAGGGUGGAAGUGUCAGGGAUCCCUGUGCCACACUCUGAGGUCCCCAACCAGGCCAAGGACUUCCCCGCCAAGAGGGCCCAGGAUGGACAGCCCACCCCCACGGCUAGCCCGCCUGAAAGGGAGCAAAUCUCCAAGAGGAACUCAAUAGCACCUCCUCACCCAGGGAACCCUUUUAAGAGGCUCCGCUCCAGCUGUGUGGUGGUACGAAUGGAUGACCUGGAUAUCCAUCAGGUGUCUACAGGGGGACGCCACAGCAAGACCCAGUCGUUACUAUCCUGUAACCGCAAGGCCCUCAACCUAGCAGACAGUAUACCAGCCAUCCACCUGCAAUUCACAGAGUAUUACUUCCCUGACAACCCCGGUUUGCCUGUACCCAAUACGAACCUGUAUGCCCAACUGAACGGCCUACAGCUGUGCCUGGACCCAGCCAGUCUGCUGUGGGUCAACCUGUUCUCUAGGGGCCUGCUGCAUACCCUGGAGCAGGUCAAAGCCUUCUACCACCUCCAGGACAGUGGCAAGGCAGAGGAGCACAUGGACAUGCACAUGGACGCAGCUCAGAUCAAGCUGAUCAUUCCCCUGGAGUCGUCCAUCAUGGACCACCAGGACCGGCCCCAGUCCCUGAGCAUCACCGUCCCUCAGACGGUCCUCAGCAACACCCGCCACUUCCCCCACGGCGCCCGGACCGACCUCCACACCACCUACAGCAGCUUCUCCACCUGCCACUUCUUCCAGUCAACUCCCCCCUGCUCCUUCCCCCGAGACCAGAGCUUCUUCCUCCCCCUACCCUCUGCCUUCCUCCAGCACUCCCUGGAGAUGGAGCCCCUGCCCCUGUCUGAGAGGAGGCCCCUCAGGGCCAAGGAUGUCUGGUUCCUCAGCCUGUCCAGUCUGUCCAUGAGCUUCGAGGGGGCGCGGAAAAGCAACAGGGGCAGAGCUCACCCCUUCGUGGAGCCUUUCACAAUUUCUGUGUGGAUGUGUCGUCCGUCUGAGUUUAAGGGCAGUUCCCUGGUCUCCUCCCCCAGUGAACCAGCUCCUGUUGAUCCCGAUCAUAAAACCCCAGAGCAGCAGGAGAACCACCUCCCGCCCAACCUGGAACACAACCAGGACAGUCAACAGGAGGCUCCAGUGGCUUCUAUCCAUUUCCUGGCCCAGGCCAUCACACCUGUCAAGGUGUGGCUCAACCACUACCAGUAUGUUGCCCUGUUGCGGAUGAAGGAAACCCUGGCCAGGCUGGGGGAUGAGCUGGGCCGGGACACCAGGGACGCUAAGCAAGCCAGGGGCCAGGAGGCUGACCGCCCUACGGUGUGCCUAGCCCUCCUAAUGGACUCAGUGGAGCUGGGGCUCCUGCUACCACCUGCAGCCACUGAACCAGAGGAGGAGGAGGCCCACACCCCAGGGUCUGAAAGCCCCAGCCUGACAGACUCCGACCUCUCCCCCACUCACCAGGCUACAUUGCCAGGCCCUCUGGAGGAUAGUGGGAUAGGAAACGCCACUGCCACCGUCAACAGCUCUCCUCCCCUUGAGCAGGAGGUGGAUGGUGUGGUAGAGGAGGCCAGCGAGGCAGUAGAGGGCAUGGAGGGGGAGAUGGCCCAGGGGGAUGGCAAUGGUCCUGUUCUCUCUCCUCCCUUCUCCCCUGAACACCAUCCCUCUCUCCUGUCCAGGGACCCCUCUACCUUCAGCCUGGAGGGAGAGCUGUCCACUGCCCUCACCGCCACCAAGGACGUCACCAAAGAUGCCUUUAGCGCCUCCCUGGACCUGACUAAAGGGGCGUUCUCCAUCACAAAAGAUGCCUUCAGCUUCAUGAGUCGCGGGUCGGGGAUGAGCAAGCUGUUCAAUCCACAGGCAAAGGAGCAGCGCCCUGAGGAGGGGUCCCCCAUGGCCAGCCUGCGGCUCCAGUCCAUGAACCACUCUUUCUCACAGCACUCAUUUGACAGCGCUAUCCUGGACGGCAGCCUGCCCAACGACCACCUCUCAGUGGAAAGCGACACCAGCGAGAACUUUGUCAUCCUCAUGGAUGAGUCAGGAGUAGAGUCCAUGAUGCGACCCAACGGCACCCAGGAGCCCAGUGGAGGCAGCCCUGCCCUGGGUACAGAGGGGGGGUCCUUAGCUGACCUGAGCAGCUCCCUGUCCCAGAGCAUUGAGGACAUCACACAGGACACAACCUCUGUGUUGUUGCUGGUGCUCAGUGGGAUGGCCUGUGUGACGGACCUGAAGGGAGAGGACCUGGUGGUGGCAGUGGAGGCCCAAGACCUCACCCUCAGACAGAUGGGCAACGUCAAGGUCUCUGACCUGCUGGCCGGACUGGUGCCAGCUCCUGGUGGGUCUACCGUGGGCCAGAGGCAAGGCUGCAGGGCAGCUCCCGUGGUGGGCAUGCGGAUGGAGAUGGGUCCUUCUGCAGCGCGGCAUGGUUCCCUGUCUGCGUUGGUGGGUCACCUGGAGCUGGGAGUGCGAGGCUGUCGGGUGGAGCUGUUGGUCUCUACCCUGGCCACCCUGGGGCCAUUCCUGGAGGAUGAGCUCAGUGGCGAUGUCCAACCCAUUAAGAUCCGGCUGGAAAACGUCACCAUCACUCUGAAGGAUGAUGGUCCCAAGAUCUACCCCACGGCCCCCCAGCCCCAACCUGCCACCUUUACCGUGGACCAGGUGGUUGUAGAGCGAUCUGAUGACGGCAUUUUGAGAAUCAAAGGUGGUGAAGGCCCAGUCCCAAGAGACUCUGUAGGUGGUGCUGUGAAUACGUUCCUGGAGUCCCAGCUAACGGAGGCUCAGGCAGCCCUCUCUCAAGCCCUCACUGACCGAGAGCGUCUCCUCCUGGAGGUUAGGAAGUACCACCCCAUGUUUGACCUGUGACAGCUUUACUUCCCCGGCCAGCAGAGGGCAAUAUACUUGCACUGCAUCAAUAAGGGUGUAAAGGAACUGAAAGAAAUGUCUGGACAAAAUUAGCUCUGUCUGGACCCAGGAAUAUGACAAUUUCUAAAGAACAGUGAUGAGCACAUAACAGUGGAAUCCACCCUGGUGGUUCCAAAGUUCAAGCUCUUGUAAUGAAUUGCACAAAAAAACAGUGUAUCACUUCCAGAGAACACAUGUAGUAAACAGGAGCCCUAUUGUAGUCACUCUUUACAAGCUAAGGUAUAUGACAGGUAUUUCUGUACAUAAAAAGCAAUUCACACCUAGUUUUAAUUUAAACCACCAUAUAGAAUAGUUAACUCAUUAUUGUGCUGCAUCUCACUGGCCAUCUAUCUUUAGCAAAUCUUUGAUUUGAAGAACACAUGCCAAAAGAACUGUCAGUUUAGUAGUUUUAAGAGUCCGUUGAUGUUGUUUCCUGUACAAAUCUUUCACUGUCAGGCAUGCCCUGUGAAGACCACUAGAGUUCUAGGAAUGUUGGUGUGUGGGUUUACAAACACCCACCAAGCUGCAACUAUAAAACUGCUCACUAAUGUAAAGUAGAUCCUGUCCAUAGUUGUACAUAACUGUAGGUAUGUAUAGUUAGUAGCUGGUGUUUUAGAUGCAUUCAUGUAACAUUAUUUAGGACUAUUGUGUAUUAAAUAGAAGAGUAGGGAAAGAAAAACACUGACUUCAAGCAGUACUGCACUGUAUACAUGGAGCUCCUGUCUAUGGGAUCACCAGACACACCUCCGCAUACCUAUCCUUUUGAAUGGUUGUGUAUCAGAGAAGGGGAAAGCUCUCUCCACUCUUCUCAGACACCAGGUCAAAACAUUCCCCAGUGUUAUUUUUCUUUCCAUUAUAAAAAAAAAAAAAAUGUAUAUGAAUUUUUGUUACUGUAAAACAAAAUUUGCAUUCUUGGUUGAAUGUUCAGAUGACACAUGCUUUUUGAUCUUUUGAGGAAAGUUUACACAAUAGUUACAGUACAUUAACUGGUUUAGUUUGUUACUUGAGAGGUGUACCCUGCACUCAGACGGGUAUGACUUGAUCUCCUUUACUCACCCAUCUGCAUGGAAAAACACCAUCUAGGUAUAUACUAAUACCUCACUGACCACAGCUGUGGUCCAUCCAUAGAAUUAGACUUCUAUAAGUCCUUCUCCUAUCCCUAACUUUUAGAUACAGAUGAAUGGAUUGGGGUAUAUUAAUCUAUGGUUAGAAGCACCUGUUUUGGAUCCCAAUAUGGAUGAAAUGUAGUGUUAUUAUUUUGAUAUGAACUGUUACAGGCAGUCAUGAAUAUUAACUUUUUGCAGCUUUUUAAAAUAAUUUUUGAUAAGACAGUGUGGCUACUAGCCAUCUCAACAAACACAUUACACAGCCAUCAGAUCAAAGAAUAGAUAGAGAUACUGCAUCUUAAUUGCGUAUAUAUACACAAAGCAUGUAUAAUACUAAUGCUUUUAUCUACACUAAAACUGACAGGUGCACUAAUGCCAAUGUGUUGUUGUAUUCCACCCAUUGGGUACCUUUCUAUUACUAUGUAACACCUGUAAAGCCUUUGUACUAAUUGGAGUUAUAUUAUUUAAUGUGGUUAUUUAAUUAGAUUUUUGUUAGUAAUUAUAAGAUAUCUAAUGUGGAGGUGACAACGUUUAUUAUUUGUAUGUUUUUUUUUUCUGUUGUCUCAGAAGAUUGGUACUUGGUCCUGAUGACAGAGAGGAUAGACAUUGGGUUAACGUUACUUAGAUCAAAGUCACACUCAGCAAAACAAGUGUUAAUAGUGAGAAACUCAAAUGGAUCAAGAAGAGGCUUGUGUAUGUGGUAUGGUGCUAACAAGUUGACUAACCCUCAGUUGAGCUUUUAGCAUCUUCUCCACUCUCUUCUGAGUGGAACUGCAAGACCUCUGGUGGCCAUAAUAAUAUACCACUGUACCAAGCCUCCGGGUCUGUUUCUCUGGUUGCCUUCCGAUUUUAAUGUAUGAAUGACAGUGUUACAUUCUGAUUGAGGGCUGUAGAAUGAAACAAAGGAUGAAUUCUGUUUUACCCAUAGCCUGAGAACAGUUUUGAGUUUUUUUUUUAUUUUAUUUUUAUGCAAAAGUACCAAUGCCUAAGGUUAACAAAUUAACAAUUGUCUAAUGUGUCUGUUUUUCUCCCCGUCAUGCAUGUUUGUAUUUGAACAUUCCUUCAAGGUCACAUUCAGUGUAACAAAGCAGUGAUUCCGUUGUCAAUAAUAUCAACAACUCUCAGAAAAUACAUACUGCUCCCCAAUAAUUUUUUUGAUUGUAGAUAUUUGCUUUUAGUUUUUUUUGCAUGGCCUUGUCUGUCAGUAGCUAGGUUUCCAUCCAAUUGGCGACAGAUUUUCAUGUGAAUAUUCUAUCAUCCGCAUUAAAACAAUAUGCCCAUUUUCCCACCAGA